AUGUUCAUCAUUGCUGCAGAUUGUUAUUACUAAUUAACAACGAUAAAAGUAAAUGAUGAAGCUACCUUCUUCCAAGACCCAUCCUACUACAUACUAAAUAGAGUUACAUUAGACUUUAUAUGUUGGAGGAAGAGACAUGCAGAAGUAGACACCUGUGCUGCAGCAUAUACACUAUCCUCUGGGACAGUCAACACAUGAUUUAAUGAGUACUUUUGUAUGUUAUUAAUUCGCACUACAAGGUCUUUCUUUGAUUGAUCAGUUACCUAGGGAAAUUUCUUUUAAUACACGAGGAGUUUUAAGUGCAGAUAUAUUCAGAUUUAUUGAAUGUUCAUAGAGUGAGAACCACAAAAAGCCAUAAAACAAAGUCAUCAUAAACUACCCUGCCUUAAACCUGACCUUUACAACUCCACAAAAUACAUAAACAUAUCAGCACUAGCCAACGUAGUACAAAUGCUGGUUUUUGGUCAGGUGUUUUUUAAUGUUAUGUGCAAAAAAUGUGAACCUAAGCUCUGCUCCUAGGUCAGUGAAAAUAGUUAUGGUUUUCUCCUGUAUAUAGCAGUGUAUGUUUAGCCAUGAUUUGGAGAUCUAAUGUCUUCUGCCUGUUAUUUGUUACACAGUUUUUAUAAAUCACUUAGUACUAAAUAAUACGAAUAGUCAAUGUAUUUAAAGCUUAAACACUUUUUAAGGCAUAUUUCCCAGAUUAUGCAGCAGUUAACUAAUUUAAAGUUGAUAGCUGAGCAGCAUAAAAUAAUAAUGUGUUACUUAUGAAAGAACAAGCAGGUCAAAAGCCUCAGAGCACGCAAGCUAACUGAAAUUCAGAACUGAUUGUGUAACCUCAGGGUGUCGUAUUAAUUAAACACCAACUUUGAGGAUAAACGAUUUGUUAUUUCUAGGCAUUUUAUUGGAAGUCUACAAAAAACUAGUUAUAAUAAUAGUGAGUAACCAUCAAAGUACCACACAAUUAUUUAUAUGAGUUUUUUAUUCAACCACAUUCUUUUAGCGAUACUUAUUAGCUGGUUGGUUUUACUUUGAAAAGCUAAUCUGAUGUUCAAUACUUAUAAAUAUAUCGAGCAACUGAGGGUUGCAAGCCUUUCCGUUAUAAUUUAAUUAGUGUUAGCAGUGUGCCGAGUAUGUUUAUGUUAUGUAUUAGGCUACUGGUUUUACGUCCCUCAAACUUUAAAAUACUAAAUACAGUCUGUUACAGUAACGCAAUUGUAACCGUGAUUAAUAAUCUAUUUCGUUUAAAAGUCCAGAUACACUCCGGUUUAACCGUGACGAAUAAUCUAUUUCGUUUAAAUGUCCAGAUAUACUCCGGUGCAACCCCGAAGUAACACCUGAAUGAAUUAAUUGAAAUAGUUAAAGUUGCAGCAGGAAUUAGACAUUUAGACAGCACCUUUUAGGCAUUUUACAUAAUUAUGUAAUGUCUAAAUUUAUCUUAUGGAAUAAACAUGUAAUCAAAAAUUAAUCGUCACCAUAAGCGCAAUUAAAAAAGUGAAGAAGCAUCAUCAAAAGUACGCCCUAUCGAAAGCUCAAAAUAUCGUAUGGGAUGCACUCAGAAAACAUUAGAUGGCAUAUGAAUGUAGGUCUGUCUUCUAAAGUGUAAAAGUUUUAGAAUAUUGUCUGAAAGAUUGUUUAUUUAAAUAUAUUAUGACUAUUACCGUUUAUUGUAAUAACGGUUGCUAGAACAAAAAGUGGAAAUGUGGAAAUAGGCAAGAGUCUCAUAGAAAGCAUAGAAAUAAUUUUUUGUCUUCUGAAGUUAAACGCAGUUUCAGUUAAGACAACAAACAAACAAAGCGAACUUUUGAGUCUCUCAGACAGUCAUUGUGGAAUCAGUGUCAUCAAGGUCAAUGCCGAACGUUGGACUUUCGUGACGCCCGAUAAACACCUGUUGAGUUUCAGAGUAUAAAUCGUAAAAGACACAGGUGGGGAGGGUACAGGGGAAGGGAGUGGAAACGGAGAUCAUAAAUCAUUGAUCUGGCUGCUUUAAACUCAAUAUCUAAAUGAUCAUUUCUCACAGGAGCGCACUUUCUCUCAAUAGAAGCAUAUGGUGAGAAGCAAGGUCGCAUGAAAUACGCAGUCACUGAUAUGUCUGCACGGAAACCGUAAAACGUAAAAAAGGAGAAUAUAAAACUCUAGGUAAACUCAAUUGCGCGCUCAAAACGCGAUAAUGGACCCAAUUAUUGAAGUUCUAGCGUUGCUGCUUGGUUUUUUGGGAUGGGUAAUGGUUGGAAUUGCAAUACCCAACCGGUACUGGAAGACUUCCACCGUAGAUGGGAAUGUCAUCACUACUUCAACAAUUUAUGAGAAUUUAUGGAUGUCAUGCGCAUCGGAUUCGACAGGGGUGCACAACUGUCGUGAAUUUCCAUCACUCCUCGCACUGUCUGGGUAUAUUCAAGCGUCAAGGGCUCUUAUGAUCGCAUCAGUAGUUCUAGGAACGAUUGGACUGGCAGCAACGUUAAUUGGAAUGCAGUGUUCCACAGGAGGGGAGAACUAUGUUCUCAAAGGCAGAAUUGCUGGAUUAGGUGGCGUCUUUUUUUACAUCAAAGGUUUGUGCACAAUGAUAUCUGUGUCAUGGUAUGCAUUCAACAUCACCCAGGAAUUCUUUAAUCCACUAUUCCCUGGAACAAAGUAUGAGUUAGGAGAGGGAUUGUACAUUGGAUGGUGCUCUGGGACUCUAGCUAUCUGUGGUGGAGUGUGUCUAGUGUUUGCCUGCAAAUCUGACACGGACGAGAAACCUGCUUACCCAUACCAACCCUCUAGAGGAACUGUAUAUUCAGCAGCAACUUCAAGGAGAGAUGCUCACAGCACUUAUGACAAGAAUGCAUAUGUCUGAAGGACCAAAGAACCACCCAGACCAGUAUGGGUCAAUUUACUGUAUGCAAAUAUAACAACUGUUGACAGCAACAUUAGAGCAACAUUGUACAUAGUUAGACCUUUUUCAACAUUUUGAGGUAAUACUAUUUAGUUGCAAUCAAAUAGUGAAGCUAUGCCAAAUAGUGGUCAAAAUACUGGUCAAAAGAAAUGUUGUUCAAUUUAACAAAUAUCUUCAUACAAACCCUUUGGAAUCUUUUGUACAGAGAAUGCAUUGAAAUUCUUUAUACAGAUU